AUUUUUUUUGCCCACUAAUUUAAACCAGCACAGUUUGUUACUGUUUAAACCGCUGCGGCAAAACAACACAAGGAGAGGACACGCAGAGUGGACUUUUUGAGUGGACUAUUUAUUCAACAUCGUUAAUAAGGGCAACAGUUUUAAUGUAAGAGAGGGGGGAAACUGCGAGUUUUCGUCGGUAGCAGCAGUAUAUGUGUGUUGCUAACAAGAUGCCGUCGCGAGUUGCUGAUUACGAGGUGCUGCACACUAUAGGUUCUGGUUCUUACGGAAAAUGCCAGAAAAUAAGACGGAAAUCUGACGGGAAAGUUCUGGUUUGGAAGGAGUUGGACUAUGGUGCAAUGGCUGAAAAUGAGAAGCAGAUGCUGGUGUCAGAGGUCAACCUCCUUCGGGAGCUGAAGCAUCCCAACAUUGUGAGAUACUACGACCGCAUCAUUGACCGCUCCAACUACACCCUCUACAUCGUCAUGGAGUACUGCCAGGGUGGAGACCUGGCCAGCCUCAUCGCCCAGUACGUCAGGGAAAGACGUUAUUUGGAGGAGAGGUUCAUCCUGCGGGUCAUGGCUCAGCUGAUGCUGGCGUUAAAGGAGUGCCACAGGCGGAGUGACAACAGACCCACCGUCCUCCACCGGGACUUGAAACCAGCCAACAUCUUCCUGGACGUGAAGCAGAACGUGAAACUCGGCGACUUCGGCCUUGCCCGGAUCCUCAACCACGACACAAGCUUUGCGAAGACGUUUGUCGGGACGCCCUACUACAUGUCUCCUGAGCAAAUGAACCAGAUGUCGUACAAUGAAAAGUCCGACAUUUGGUCUCUGGGCUGUUUGCUGUAUGAGCUGUGUGCACUAUCGCCGCCGUUUACAGCCUACAACCAAAAGGAGCUUGCAGUGAAAAUCCGAGUGGGGAAAUUUUGCAGAAUCCCGUUUCGAUAUUCCGAAGAAUUAAACACCCUGCUCAAGAAAAUGCUCAACUUGAAGGACUAUCUCAGGCCGUCUGUGGAGGCCAUCCUCGAGAGCAGCCUGCUGGCAGAAGCGGUCAGUGAAGAGCACAGGAAGCAGGAGCAUCAGCGGAGGAAGUUGUCGGACUGUGACUGUCCUCCCGAAAAGGCGGCAGAAGCGUCCCCGCCGUCCGUCAAAGCAGCAGCGGAGCUCCAGCUUAGAGAGCAAGCGCUAAAGGAGCGAGAAAAGGCGCUGAAGGAACGCGAGAAGAUGCUGGAGCAAAGAGAGCGUGAGAUGUGUGUUCGUGAGCGACUGGCAGAUGAGAAGCUGUUGAGGGCAGAGAGCUUGCUGAGGAAUUUUAAUCUCCAGCACAAGAAGGCACAGACCCCGCUUUAUGGCCAAGACAUAGGUGUGUGGGAGAUGGGCUCGCCUGGCAAGAAGAAGGUCCACUUUGCUGGGGCCAGCAAUGAGAACAAACCGCUGCUUGGCUCUCUGACAGUGACCCCACAGGAGGACAUUUACGGUCGACACGCUCAGAUCCUGAAUGAAGUGGAGAGAGCCUGUCAGCUCCUUGGCUUCCGCAUCUGACAGCUUUGUCAAGUGUAAAUAGUGUUACAAGGGCUUGACCACUGUGUGUACAUUUGGCUCUUUGUAUGUGUGUUAUUUAUACAUUAAUGAUAAGCUGUAGAUACAACGUGAGUGUGAUAGUAGUUAAUCGAUGGAUGAUGGAUACAUUAACUCAGUGGUUCUUAACCUGGGUUCGAUCGAACCCUAGGGGUUCGGUGAGUCGGCCUCAGGGGUUCGGCGGAGGUCAAGACACACCCGACUCAUCGUGUAAAUAAAAACUUCUCCCUAUCGCUGUAUUACGGAUACGGCAGCAGCAGAAGUCACACUGAUUUGCAGGUGUGUAAUUUGUUGUGAGUUCAUGCACCGUGUUGGUUUUGUUAUUUGAACAAAGUGAUGUUCAUGCACGGUUCAUGUUGUGCACCAGUACAAAAACAUACAACUUUGUCUUGAAUUUGAAAAAAAAGGGAUGGUACCAAAAUUGUUCACAAGAUGGCGCUAGUUUACCACAUUCAAAAGUCCUGCAUUGGCCAGAUUGGGGUAGCGGUGUACCACAAUUGUCUGGAUCAUAACCAGCUAUUGUCAGUUUGAAUAAAUAGAGCAGGAAAGUUUUAGGGACAAAGUGAUUGAGGAUAGAGAUGUCGAUAAAUGCUUUAAAAUGUAAUAUCGGAAAUUAUCGGUAUCAGGUUUUUUUUUAAUCUCUAUGGUUUUUUGCUGUUUUUGUUUUUUUUAUUUAUUGAAUCAACAUAAAAAACACAAGAUACUCUUACAAUUAGUGCACCAACCAAAAAAAAUCUCCCUCCCCCAUUUACAUUCAUUCACACAAAAGGGUUGUUUCUUUCUGUUAUUAAUAUUCUGGUUCCUACAUUAUAUAUCAAUAUAUAUCAAUACAGUCUGCAAAGGAUACAGUCCGUAAGCACACAUGAUUGUGCGUGCUGCUGGUCCACUAAUAGUACUAACCUUUAACAGUUAAUUUGACUCAUUUUCAUUAAUUACUAGUUUCUAUGUAACCGUUUUUAUAUUGUUUUACUUUCUUUUUUAUUCAAGAAAAUGUUUUUAUUUUAUUUAUUUAUUUUUUUU